AUGAGAUCUCUGCUUCUGUUUGGGAUGCUGCUGUGUGUGUUGUGUGUAGUGCAGGUUCAGGCACAGGAUCCCACCCUGAGGCUGUGUGGCCGGGCUUUUGUGCGGGCAGUGGUGUACACCUGCGGAGGAUCCAGGUGGAGAAGACUGAUGGUAGAAGAGGAGACUUUGCAAGACAGCAGCAGAGAGCCAAAACUGAAGACGACAGAAGUGCCAGCGAUGGUUCGUCAUUGGCGGGACCAAAACCAGGCACUAGUAUCAGCGUGCUGUCAACUAGGCUGUCGAAGGAGUGACCUCUCCAUGCUCUGCUAGAGAACAUCCCGUCAUCAAUCUCUCAUUCAUUCAUUCAAAAUAAAAUCAGAAUGUUGUUUAGA